CUGAAAAAUUUGAAGGUUUCUGAUGGGUACUCAUCGAAUAUUUCACGAUGCGUAAAUCUCAAAGAGCGAAAACUUUCAAAUCUUAAAAGUCACGAUUGUCACAUUUUGAUGCAAGAUAUCUUUCCAUUGGCUUUAAGAUCGUCAACACCGAAACAAGUUUUUGCAAUUGUUUCUCAAUUGUCAUCAUUCUUUAAGGCAUUAUGUUCCAAAGUUCUUGAUCCUAAGGAGCUUGAUCAAUUGGAGUCUAAUGUUGCACUUACACUAUGCCAUAUGGAAAAGAUCUUUCCUCCUGGAUUUUUUACUAUUAUGGUUCAUCUACUCAUUCACCUAGCGGCGGAAGCUAAACUUGGUGGACCGGUUCACUACCGAUGGAUGUAUCCUAUUGAGAGGUGAUUUUUCUAAACUCUAAUGUCCAUAUUUAAUAAUCAGUUUGAUUUUGAUAUUUAUUUUAAAAAUUUAUUGUUGAAGGUUUCUUAUGCGCUUAAAAGAUUAUGUACGCAAUCGAGCCUAUCCCGAGGGCUCGAUUGCUGAAGGAUAUAUUGCUGAGGAGUGUUUGACAUUUUGUUCGAGAUAUCUUGAAGGUGUUGAAACGGUUUUCAAUCGACCUCAAAGGAAUUGUGAUAUCAUAGAGAAUGCAGAUGUUUACAAGUUCUCAUCUGGCGGAAGAGUUUUGGGAAAAGUUGAAAGUGUUGUUCUUGACCAGAAAUCGUUGGCACAGGCACAUCGCUAUGUCUUACUUCAUAGUGAUAUAAUAUCCGAGUCUCGCAGAGAAUUUUUAAUAGCUCAACGAAGUCUCAACCAUAAUAUUCGUCCUACACCAAGGAUUGAGCAACGAUGGUUGGUUGAGUUAUUUCCAGAAUGGCUUUUCAAACAGGUACCAAUGAUGAUGGAGAGGAAUUGUUCUGAGGAGUUAAUAGUCAUUGCUCGAGAUAGAUAAUGCAGAUUCGGUCAACCUCAGCCAAAGGAAGAAACACUAUCUAGACACUCCACUCCAUUUUAGGUCCUAACGGGCUCCAGGGCCAAUAGACCGGUCCCAUUACUGGUAUAAUGGUCCAGCAUCCCAGUAAUGCUGAGUUAAUCCAUAGUGGAUUUGCAGGUCAUCUCAGCAAGAGGCUAUUAAACAGAAAGAAGAGUUAAUGAAGGAAGUAGGUUGCCUUAGAAGUGAAUUGCAUCAAGUAAGAGAUGAACGCGAUCAUACAUUAGCCCAGGUGCAAAAUUUAAGUGUUGAAAUUGCAAAUUAUGAAGAAAUGACUGGAAAGUCCUCAAAGGCUUUGGAUAGCUUAACAACAAAAUCUACUGCCCUUGAUGAAACGUGCUCUUCCCAAAGAGAGCAGAUACAGGUAUUGCAGCAUCAGCUUGCUGCAGCAAAUGAAAAGUUGAAGAUGGCUGAUUUGACUGCCAUCGAGACAAUGACAGAAUAUGAAGGACAGAAGAAGACUGUAAAAGAUUUGCAAGAUCGUCUUGCAGAUGCAGAGCCUCAAAUCUUGGAAGCAGAGAAAUUGCGCAAAAAGCUGCACAACACCAUACUGGAACUGAAAGGAAAUAUCCGAGUGUUUUGUAGAGUACGCCCUGUUUUACCUGGCAGUGAUUGUGGUGGCACAGAGGGGUCAGUUGUUUCUUAUCCUACAUCACUUGAAUCUCUUGGUACGCCCUGUUUUGUAGAGUACGCCCUGUUUCUUAUCCUACAUCCUACAGAGGGGUCAGUUGUUUUUUGGUAUUAGUCUGGACUUUCAUAU